AAAUGGUUUUUUUUUUUUCUUUUCUUUCCUAGCCUCAAGAUAGGAUUAUGGAACGUUUAAAGCAACUGGCAGGUCCUUUAGUUGACUUGCCACCAAGAGAAGAAACAAUUAGAAAGUUUUCCAAUCAUUGUCGCCUAUGGAUUGGAAAUCUUCCUCUUGAUAUUGGUGAGGAUGAUGUCAAGGAACUUUUCAAGCCGUACGGAGAAUUCGACGAAGUUUACUUUGAUAAAAACAAAGGAUUUGCCUUUAUUAGAAUGGAUUACAAGAGUAAUGCAGAAAAAGCGCGCCAAGAGCUCCAUAUGAAGGAAUACAAAGGUAGGCAACUAAAAAAUCCGUUUUCAUCUCCGGCACAGCUCUCAAAAUUCGUAACCUCUCAACUUGGGUCACCAAUGAAUUGCUGGAGAAAGCAUUUAGUGUAUUUGGAGAGCUUGAAAAGGCUGUUGUCUUGACUGACGAACGUGGUCGUGCUACUGGGGAAGGCAUUGUAGAAUUCGUCAAGAAACCAGCUGCAAAUUUAGCUCUGAAAAAAUGCAUGGAUGGUUGCUUCUUCAUGGUCUCGUCUCCCCGUCCCGUUAUAGUUGAACAAAUGGCUCUAGUAGAUGACAAUGAAGGCAUGAGCGAGAUAAAUAUCAAUAAACGUAAUCCCGAAUAUGUCAAAGAAAGGCAGCAAGGUCCAAGAUUUGCACAGAUUGGAUCAUUUGAAUAUGAGUAUGGGUUGAAGUGGAAGCACCUGUAUGAACUCUUUGACAAAAAAAGGGAUGCCCUUAAAGAGAGUUACAAAAUGAAAAAAGAAAAUUAGAAGAGCAAAUAGAAUAUGCAAAAUACG